AAUACAGAUAAGUUACCUAUCACAGUAACUCUCCGUGAUUAAAUGUACAGUACGGAUAAUCCGUACAGAUUACGGAAUACGGCCGUACCUUACACUUGAUAAGCAUCCCAGCCAGGCAUCCGGGCCAAACAUCCCGGCCAAGCAUCCCGGUCAGGCAUCCCGGCUACCCGGUCCAACAGUUCGAAGGCUCAGCCUUGCAUGUUCAUGUGCCGUCUGUUCCAAGAUACCUGAUGCUCCGGACUUCCGUCCGGAAUCCAACCCCACCCAUCGCGACCACCUCUGAUUCCGCCCGACUCCACGGAGCAGCGCAGCCGCCUUACGACGAUCCCGACACUGACGCACACGAUGGACUAAAGUAGUGGGCAGUCCCGCCAACACUCCCGCCGGCCCCGUCGAAGCCGCCCCGUGUCGCGUGCCCUGCAAGACUCCUGCGUGCUGCACAGUGUACCGAAUACAUGCGACGCUGAGACCGUGCUCCGGGCUGUGUUGGUGCUGGCGCUCUUCUUGGGAAUGUCGGCCAUGCUUCUCCUCCACCAGACCGGCAGCGUCAAGAUCGGCGAGGUGGUGCGCUACAUCGUCACGUACAAGCCCUCGGCCGACCAUAUCCUCCCGUCUCCCGAGUUCCUCUACCUGCGCAUCAAGAACACUUGCGCCAUCGCCCUCCGUGCCGCGUUCGUCCACGGCCCGUACACGCUGUCCGUUGCCGCCGUCCCGUCGACGUUCAAGCCUUUUGAGAAGUUUGAGAAUCCCCGUCGCUAUGGCGUGCCCGAGUUCGAACCCAUGCUCAAGCCCGGCGCCGUCUGGAACUGCCAUCUGGUCGUCCCCGACAACAUCCGCCAGUCUGCAGGCGAGGGCAGCAGCCAGCAUGGCCACUUUGGAGCUGGGCCCGGACAUGAUGAGGACGCUGUGUCUUGGGUCAUAGAGAUCACAUCGCAGGUCAUCUUCUCCGCUUCGGCAUCCGUGCACUACGAAAUACUGCUGGCGCGCGAUGAAAAGUCGCUCAGCCCCGGCUCCGUGAUCCCCAUCAUUGGCAGCCAAGCGCAAGCCCCUCAGCCGGGGCAUGUCAGUGAUUUCCAGCGGAGUGCUGGGGCAUACAGGGACCACCCGGCGCAGCCAAAAGGCGUCUUCUCGAAGGCCAUACACCUCAAAGUGGAGGACACCGCGGCCCUGUGGAACACGCCGCAGCUUCCAGGCUGGGAUGAGAUGGGCUGGCUUCGGGCGAGAGAAAAUGAUGGCGCCGACGCUCCGGUCGAGUCUGUCAUGGAUAGCGCCGAGGCUGAUGAGUCUAGGCGGCGCUCAAGGCACAGGCAGAAGAAGGUCCACCUGGUGAUACUCACGCACGGUUUGCACAGCAACCUUGGCUCAGACAUGCUGUUCCUCAAGGAAAGCAUAGAUGCGGCUGCGAAGCAGGCACGGAUCGACGCGAAAGCGCGCAAAGCUAAAGAGAGGAUUGCGAGGAGCCGCGCCCGCCACUCAGCAGGUGACGCGUCCCCAGCCGUGGAUGGCUCCGGAGAAAGCAGUCAAGCCCCUACUGCGGCUCCUGGAUUUGGAGAGGCGGACGGUCAAGCCAACGGCCAGGGUCAGAGUGGCGAGACAGACGCGGGCGACAUUGAUGAUGAUGAUGAUGACGAUGACGAAGAGGUGGUUGUCCGCGGCUACUCCGGAAAUGCCACCAAAACGGAAAGGGGCAUCAAGUACUUGGGGAAACGCCUUGCUAGGUACAUCCUCUCCAUGACCUACCCGGAUCAGCCCUGCUUGCCGACUGCCAAGGCAGCUUCAGAGGCCAUCGCCCACUCGCUCAAGACGAGUGCGCAGAAGAAGGCUGUCGAAGAAGCUCACAAGCAUAGCUCGGUCCAUCACAUGCCGUCUCCCGCCGGCGGUGGGCGGUUGUACAAAUUCACCAAGAUCAGCUUCAUCGGCCAUUCCCUUGGUGGCCUCGUACAAACGUAUGCCAUUGCGUACAUCCAGAAGCACUCCCCGCGGUUCUUCGAGCUCAUCGAGCCAGUCAACUUUAUUGCUCUGGCUUCCCCGUUCCUUGGCUUGAACCACGAGAAUCCGCUCUAUGUGAAGUUUGCUCUGGACUUCGGCCUGGUCGGGAGGACGGGUCAGGACCUGGGGCUAACCUGGAGGGCGCCGACUAUUGCACGAAGUGGCUGGAGUGCCCUCGUGAGCAACCUUGGAGAGCAGGCGCAGAAGCGCGUUUAUGGGGAGCCGCAGCCCGAGUCCAAGCCACUGCUCCGAAUCCUGCCUACUGGCCCGGCACAUAAGGCGCUUAAGAAGUUCCGGAAUAGGACGGUGUACUCGAACGUGGUCAAUGACGGCAUCGUGCCCCUCCGGACCAGCUGUCUCCUUUUCCUCGAUUGGCAAGGUCUCGGACGGGUGGAAAAGGCCCGCCGAGAGGCAGGCCUCGUGGAAACGGUCGUCGGGUUCGGAUGGGCUGAGCUCACGGGAGCUACCGUCACCACGCCCAGGCUCGCGCCAUGGUCGCCCGACCAGAGUGAAGACAAGGACGAGGCCAGCAGCACGGGCAAGACCACUCCCGCCGGCCCUGCUGGAGAUUCUCACGAAGUCCCUCAGCCGCCGACCAACGCCACACUCGAAGAUGACCGGCAAAGUCUCAGGUCGAUGACCGGCCGCUACCGAGAAGCGUCGUCCUCGGAGCUGCAAAGCCUACAGGGUUCAGGCACGACCACCUCGAAUCCCUUUGCCGGGUUCUUCAACUUCUUCCGCAGCGAGAGUCCAAAGCCGCCACCCGCUGUGUCUCCUAAGGUGAGCAAGAUUUACAAGCGCAGCCAAACACUCAAGGCGGACGACUGGCUCUCCCCCGAUCCCGGAGCAACUUCCAAGUCGAAGGUGACCGCCGGAGACGAGCUCUCUGAGGAACCAGAGAGCGUGUCAGCUCCCCCGAGGACAACCAUAUUCGAGUCUGCUGGCGACCUCCUCAACCCAAAGCUGCCGUCAAUUGAGUUCAUCAUCGAUCCGUCCAAACGCCCGCGCACGAUCUUCCAUGAUCGCGUCUAUCAUCCGUCAGACAUCCCCCCGCCACCACUAAAGCAGCGGUCUUCCAGUCCUCUCACUCUGCUCCGCUGGGCCCCAACUGCCAGCUCCUCCCAGAAGACAGCCCGAAGCGAGACGUCCUCCCCGGCCCCGUUCCAGUCGGCCGACCGCAAAGACUCUUCUCCCCUCUCGCCGCAAUCCAACCCGGCCAACCACCCCGCCAGCGGCAGCGACGAAUCCACACCCAACAUCCUCACCUUCGAGAGAGACACCACCCACCCACCAACCUCGGAACAACACCCACCAUCGCAGCAGCAGCAGCAGCAGCAGCAGCAACCACCACCACCACCGCCGCUUCCCGAGGAGGACUACGUCGACACGUCGCAGAUGCGCGUCGAGGAGAAGAUCGCGCGCGCCUACCACAGCGGCCUGUCGUGGCGCAAGGUGCUCGUCAAGCUGGAGCCGGACGCGCACAACAACAUCGUCGUGCGCCGCACCUUCGCCAACGCCUUCGGCUGGCCCGUCGUGCAGCACCUGGUCGAGGCGCACUUCAGCGACGCCGCGCGGGUGGCCGAGAACGUCAGACAGCACGAGACGGUCACGAUGGCGGGUGCGGGCGGUGGGGCGCAUGAGAAGGCGAAGGCGAAUGCGGAUGCGCAGGGGGUUAGUGCUGGUGCUCGUGCUCGUGCGGGUGCCGAUGCGGGUGAUGGGCGUGAGGAAGAUGGACGUGGUGCGGGCGGCGGAGGAGCGGACAGCGGCGGCGAGGAGGCCGAUAUGGUGCCCGAGCUGCUGCCCAGUCCGCGGAGCGAUAGCGGCCGGGGGCGGGAUCACAACGCGCUCGGGUUGUUCGCCCCCGGGACCGAGCCCGGGGCCGGGCCGGCAUCGCCCACCACGCCGCGGCCUAACCUGGAUAGGCUGGACUCGGUCUCGUGGAGCGAGCGGGACUGGCUAGACAGCGCUGACGAGAGUGACGACGGCGGCGGCGGGCCCAGGACGGCGGACACGAAGAGCAAGAGGGGCAGCGGUGGGCUGGGCAUUCCGUUUGGCGGCGAGAGGAGCUCGAGUCCGUGGAGUUGGACGGAGAAGAUCGUUGGGAAAGGUGCUGCCGGUCGGUCCAAGUCGCCGGGUGAAGGGAGGAAGUAGCUAGACGGUGUUUUGUCGGAACCAUCGGAGUGUUGAGGGAACAGCGUUUGGCAUUUUCACUGUGGCGGGUGAUAUCGUUCGGUCCACUAUAGAUAGAGCUGGAUAGAGACGCAUACCUGUUGGGCAUUCUUCUAUCUUCGCUUUUCCUCUCCGUCUUGGUCUAGCUGCAUUCUUUCCUGGGGCGUGUGUAUGC